CUUCCUGUCCUCUACUUCCUGUAGGUGGUGCGCUGUGUACAGCACAGGAAGAAGAUGCGCCGGAAUCGCCUGUCUAAGGAUCAGCUGAAGAAGAUCCCCAUUCAUAAGUUUAAGAAAGGAGACCCCUAUGAAGUGUGCGCCAUCUGCCUGGAGGAAUAUGAAGAGGGCGACAAGCUCCGCGUUCUCCCGUGUUCGCACGCCUAUCACAGCGGUUGCGUGGACCCCUGGCUGACCAAGACCAAGAAGAACUGCCCGGUGUGCAAGCACCGCGUCCUCCGCUCGCAGGACGACUCGGACUCGGAGGGAGGGGGAGAAGAAGCCGGCGGACGGGGAGACGACAGCGACAACGAGCGCACCCCCCUGCUCCGCCCCUCCCCGUCCUUCGGGAGCAUGGCCGAAUCUCCGCCACCCACCCAGCAGGAUGAGCCGGAGGCGGAGUCCCCCACAGCGGUCGUCGUGUGAGAC